CGUGAUCUUUGGGUGUUUGCACUUUGUGGUGGAAUCUGUGUGUUUCGCGUCUGCACUGAUUAGCUUGUGGGCAUCUCCGUUAAUUGUCAUUAGCUACAGCUGCCACUCUUUACUCAUCCACUAUAUAUACGUCUUGUGUUUGUGAGAUGGUUGUUACAUGUUUGAUGUGGUUUCCCUGUUCGUCUAGCUUUAGUGUUGUAUGCGUUGGAGGUCUGUGUUUUCCCCAGAACCUCAUCCACUCUCCGUACGUUCACUCAGCUAUGGACACUUACCUUCGGCUCCAUUCCCCACAGUUCCUAUGCCAUCCUCUCCUGCUGCCUACACGCCAUCAUCAUUCGGAUUACUCACCUUCUCUCCACCACCAUCAGGAUUCCUCACCUCCUCACCACCACCACGGAGUGUCGUCGUCUCAGCAUCAUUGUUUGUUUGUGUAUUUAUAUUCAUCUCAUCUCAUUAAACUGUUAAUCUCACAUCUGCUUCCAGACUAUCCUUAUACCCACCGUCACAAUGUCAACAUUGUAGAACAUCAAUGCUGAAACUAAUCAACAACAGAAAGGGAGACAUGAACAUCUUGGAUGAAUUGGGACGUGAAACUAAAUGCCACUUUACAGACAUCAGAAGCAUAAAAAGAGAGAGUGAAGCGGGGAAACAGAGGAUUCAGUGUUAAAGGGAUGAAAGAGGGAUUGAGCCUCCGCAGUGACUGUGUGUCUGUGUUGAGCGUUUGUCUCUCAGAAGGAGAGAUGCUGUGAAAGCACCAUGGAGCUGGAAGUUGCUGUUGGGUUCAGAAAACAGACCAGGAUGGAGGAUCAGGACAGGGUCAGUCAGGCCUCCAGCAGCGCCACAGUGUCCUUUCUGCCGAUAAGAGACAAGUGUCAUGAAAAAGUGCAGGCGUUUGGAAAGAGAUGUCAAGCAGCGAAGAGAGACCCCAACUGUCCUGUGGUGAUCAGAGGAUGGCUGUACAAGAGGGACAGCACUGGACUGAAAUUGUGGAAAAGAAGAUGGUUUGUUCUCUCCAAUUACUGUCUCUAUUAUUACAAAGACAGCCGUGAGGACUCUGUUUUGGGCAGUAUUCCUCUUCCCAGCUACAGGAUCCUCUACUGCUCCCCUAGAGAGUGCAGGAACCGGAAAUAUGCAUUCAAGGUGGUUCAUGAGGGGAUGCGGCCGUACAUCAUGAGCGCUGAAACCCAGGAGGACAUGUUGGGUUGGGUCAGGGCUCUCAGCCAAUCGGCAAGCAUGGAGGCUGAUGACAUCAUCAACAGACGCUGUGCAAGUUUUCAGGACUUCACUCAGAUGGGCGAUAACGCUGAAACCAUGGAGCUCCAGCACACGGCCAUGUUUCCUCAACGAAACGCCCAGACCACAACAAAACUGAGCAGGGUACAGACAGAACCGAAUCUAAUGGAUCAAGACAUGAUGGGAAUUAAAAUGAAGACACCAGAGCUGAGAGGAAGACAUGAGAGCAUACCAAUCGCACCUGAAGCUACUGAGCGGUCUCAGAGUUUUCUGAACGCAGAUGAGGAACCUUUUUGCUUCCUUCAUCCGAAAGCAGUCUUUAAACAGCCUCCAUUUCCCAGAGAGCAUCAUGGGUCACCGUGCCAUAGUAAUAUGGGCAGAGCGGAUGGUUGGCACAUGGAUAACUGCUCGAGUGCUCCAAUGUCACCCUGCAUCUACACAGAAAGGGGACAUCUGCUCGACAAGUCCGAGUUUCCAUGUUCUGUGUGCUACUGUUCCAACUACCAAACAGCAGAACACACGCCAAUGUGCAAGGCAGGUAAAUCAGACAACAUCAUGGAGAGAGAAAUACAACCAAUCAGAGAUCUGGAAAAUGAUACAGAUUUUAACUGUAAUACCCCUGAUCCAGAUCCUAGAGCUUGUCUUCCUGUCGUUCAGGUGGUCCUCACUCGUCUGUGUGGUUGUGAUAAACUGCUGCUGUCUGUCUCUAUGCAGCUGGCUCAGUUACAGGCAGAUAAGAAAAGCAUUGAGUAUGCUUUAGAAAUCAAAUGGCUGGGGAUGGAAGACAGACUUCCUGGAGAGCAGGAAGUAUCCCGGAAGGCUUUGCUUCAGGAGGAGCUGGUUACACUCAGAGCCAGAAUAUGUGAUUUGUCAUCGGAGAUGGACAAAUUGUGGAGUGAUUAUGAAAGGAUGGAGAGUGAGCUGUCUGUUUUCCAUUCUCACCUCCAACACAUCCUUCACUUUGGAUCACCACAGGAGCAGAUUCAGGCACAGAGGCAGCUCUGGAUGAUGGAGGAUAUCUUGUGCGGUUUGAGGGUGAACAAGAACCGCUUUAUGGCCUUACUGGGUCUACAGAGGCAGUGUGUUCCUCAGCCAAAACCUGUUUCCUACUGUGAGGGCGAGUUAGGAGGCCUCAACAUGGAGUUUGUGACUGAAGCAGAGCAGCAGGACUACAUGAAGAUCCACCAGAGUUAUAAGAAAUGGACCCGUGAGAGUCCUGCCGACAGCAGAACGAGCACCGAACCUGAAGCCUCACAUGAACCGCUGCGUCUGACACGUGUUGUGACAUCAACACUUCCGACAUCACUAAUCGCAGAGCGCAUUUUUGUGGACGACCCCUAUUCUGAGCCGUCCCAACAAAUCACACUGCAGUCAGGACUGAGGAGCAGCCAGAGGAGCACGACGAAGAAACCCAGCACAACUCUGCAUGAGACAGCCGACAAAAACAGACACUUACACUGGGCCGACGGACCGGAAGAGAUGCAACAAAAGAAACCAGCACAAAAUCACAACUGCAGAGCCAGAGAGAAGGCACUGGCUGACAGAAAGACCUGGACAAACCAUCAGCAAGAGCUCGAGCCUGGAGCCUUGUGCCUUACAAACUCUGAGUCUGACUGCGAUGCUGCUGUGAGCUCUCAGAAACACCAAACUAAACCCAGACACACGGAUAAAAGAGACAGAAGCACGAGUUCCACCAGAGGGCACUUCAUAGACGAUAUUCAUCCCUUGAAACUCAUUACAGCCAGUGACAAAGAGACAGACGUCCAGAAGUACACAGCAGAUUCUGCUGUUGUAAACUUGAGUAAUGGUCACAGCAGUGAUGGAUGCAGAUAUAAAAGCCACAGGAAUGAGUCGGCCAACCCAAUAAUGUCACAAUGUGUUGAUGCAAAAGUGCACAAUGAAUGCAAGGACAAAAAAUCACAACAGUCAUCUCGCAAUGACAUCAUCGUCAUAGAAAGCCACUCCAUCAAUCAUAUUUCAACUCUUACGGUGUUUAAAGGACAUCAGGGAAACAAUCAAAUGCACAAAUCUCAUAAAAAGAACAGACAAAAAUAUUCAGUCUCCACUAACGUUAAAUCUGAGUGUUUUCCGUCAAAUAACCGACAGUGUGAGUUAGUUCCUGUCUGUGUUCAUGAUGCAAAACCUCAAGAAUCUCUCCUUCCAGUGGAGAAUCAACAACCAGAACAGGGACCCAAUCAAAUGCCUGAUAAACCGGUGGGAGGAGACUGUGGGCGGAGCCAAAGUCCCAAAACAAUGGCACGUCUUUGCCAAGCUUAUGGCAUACAAGAAAUCCCCAAUCAAUCGUCAGACACUCAACCAAUCACAACCUCUGACAAUCAAUUGAAGCCCAAGUCUGACCAAUCCAAACCAGAGCCUUACGUUUAUGAGGAAAUCCAGUUUAGCCCACCAAGAUCAGAAGAGAACCAGAAGAAUCAAACCAGUGGAGAUGAAACACAGCCAUCAAACCUCACUGUAAACGAGUCUGGACCGACUCACACUGAGGUCAAGAGGGAGUACAGAACAAAAAAUACAGAGAAAAGUCAACCAGGAAGUGAUGUUUCGUGCAAUAGAGGGAAAAAGUUGAAAGUUUACAGCUCCUUAAAGAAAAGCUCAGUAAUAAAUCACAAUGUCCAGGACUGCCGUCCACGGAUAACCAUGCUCAGCACCAGCCUGUAGACUAGAGAGCGGCUGCAGAAAGUGUGAGUGAAUGAGGCAAUAAGACACAAAGACAGAAGACGGUGAAUAUCUGAAUUGAAUAGAUAAUAAAUGGUAAGUUUAAGUAUUAAUCUACGAAAUAAAAUUUCAUAAAAGCUUCACUCCUUAAUGGAAUACAAUAAUAUCAUGCUCAUGUCUGUGUGUGGAGAUCCUGUUUAAUUAGGGAUGAAGAAAACUAUAUUUUCAUGUCAAACUGCAGUUUUAGUUGAGAAUGGGUUAUUUUGUGUCAUUAAACAACUGUCAAGAGAAGAAAUCAUCAUUUUUUUACAUGCAUAUUAAGUUUAUUUGACUACUAAUAUAAUAUCUGCAUACAAACUCUUAAGGUUAUUAAUUGACUUAAGGAAUAUUCCUUACAUUUCUACAUGUGCAUUAGCUUUGUUAUGUGUUUGACAAUUGAUAAACACAUCUGUGGCUUAUUAAUGGCUUUCUGUGAUUUUGCCAAGUCAGACAAUGCUCCUGGAUCAACAUCCUAGUUAGACUAUAAACAGACAGAUUUUAAGGUUAUCAGUUAGAUAACAUUUUGGUCCAGAAAAAAAUAAAGGUUGAUGAUCCAGGAAAAUGUUCAGCAUGGCAAAAGUCAUAAUAAUAUAUUAGAAGUGAUUUAUUAAAAUAACUUUGUACUUUCAUUGCAGUGUUAUGUGAUGCUGUCUUUGUUGUUUUCCAAUUAAACCAUCUCAUGUUUUGAUCCUA